AUUCCAAAGUAUUUUGAUGAUGAACGUUUCUGCGAUGUAGAAUUCUCUUUUCCAUGUGGAGCUCGUAUCAAAGCGCAUCGAAUAAUUCUGGCUGCACAGUCGAAAUAUUUUGAAUCUUUGCUAAGUGGACAAUGGGUUGAAGGUCGAAGCAAGAUUAUUCCUAUCAAGGAGGUCGAAUACGAAAUCUUUCGCUGUAUAAUGUAUUAUUUGUACACAGGAAAACUGGAAGAAAAUCUUGAAUUAGAUUGUUUGAAAGCUGCCUAUAUGAAGGCUGAUAUGUUGGGCCUAGAAACAUUAGGGAAAAUACUUGCCAAUCGAAUCGCAGAAGAUGUAAAUAGUGACAAUUGGGAUGAGAUCUUAUUACUUGGAUGGCAGAUGGGUGAUAUGUGUCUAAAAUCUGCAGCAAUGGGGUUUGUAGUGACAAGGUGGGAGGAACUGAAAAAUACUGAUAAUAUGCAACGAGUUGUUGCGUGUGGAAAUGUCGAAUGGAUUGAAGAAUUAAUAGCAGCGAAGAUUUUUGGGGUUCAUGAAUCUUAUCGAAAAUAG